AGGGCCCGAUCGUCCGCACUGAGCGUCCGUCACGCGCCCGAGCUCGAUCGCCGCGAUCGACAUCACCAGCAACCGUCGCCGUCGCUGUCGUCUCCCCCCGCCACUCCUAAUUACCUUCCCUCGCCGCACUUAAAACCACUAAGUAGAAAUUUAAAAAUAGAAAUUUUAUUAUUAUCAAGUUUACUGAAUAGCCAAAUAACCACCAUAAGACAAAAGAAUACGCCGUUUAGCUUAUGUUACCAUUGCACUAAAAAGGUCGGUGUGGAAACAAAAAAUCGCGCUUCAAAGUCUGUGUCCGGUCAAGGUGGAUACGGACGCGUUUAACGGGACGGCCGACAACGUCGGACCGGCUACUGAAGAAGAUCGUGGUACUAAAGGCGGCGUGGGAAGGCUGAACGAGGCCUUAGCUUCCGUCACGGUGUCUCCCUCGAAGAUAGCCACCACCAUUAGGGGCUUUUGGCAAACAUCUGCAGGCCCAGCAGCUAGUUCAGUACUAGGUUGGGAUCAAUUAUGGUGAGUUCUGGUGGAAUUACAACGGGGUAGAUGAACGUAUAAUGUGAAUUCAAUAUAAAUUCAACAUGGAAUCAUCUGGAAAUCCGUUAAAACGGUGUUGGGACGCUAUUGGUGCGUUCCAAGUACCUCUUAUCAAUCUUGAAGUCAAUGAACUUAAAGAAAUACUAUGGGAAAAAAUACAAGAACCAGUUAUUCAAAGGAGGUUGAUUCUAGUAAUAGUUUCCAUAGCACUUUUGUUGGACAACAUGCUGUACAUGGUUAUUGUACCUAUUAUACCUGACUAUCUAAGGUACGUAGGUGCUUGGGGAGAUAUUCCAAUAGGCGUAAAUUUCACAGAAGAUCCAAUAACAAUUGAUCAUCAUGGACAAGAUUCUGCUACAGGAGUAUUAUUUGCGUCUAAAGCUAUUGUACAACUUAUGGUAAAUCCAUUUUCUGGUGCUCUUAUUGAUCGUAUAGGCUAUGAUAUACCAAUGAUGAUUGGUUUGUCCAUUAUGUUUUUAUCUACCUCGCUUUUUGCAUGUGGAAGAAGUUAUUCUGUUCUUUUCAUUGCUAGGAGUCUUCAAGGUGUAGGUUCAGCAUUUGCUGAUACAUCAGGCUUAGCAAUGAUUGCAGAUAGAUUUACUGAAGAAAAUGAGAGAGCUCAAGCUUUAGGUAUUGCAUUAGCCUUCAUUAGUUUCGGUUGUUUAGUAGCUCCGCCUUUUGGAGGAGCUCUAUACCAAUUUGCAGGUAAAGAAAUACCUUUCCUCAUUCUAGCGUUUGUUUGUUUGGUAGAUGGAUUAAUGUUACUACUUGUAAUGAAACCAAUAAAACAGCAAUUAAAAGAGCAAAAACAUUUAAAAAAGGUACCAACCAUUCCUAUUUGGAAACUUUUUAUGGAUCCAUACAUAGCUGUAUGUUCAGGUGCGUUAAUGAUGUCAAACGUAGCACUUGCUUUUCUUGAACCAACAAUAUCCCGAUGGAUGGAAGAUCAUAUUACUCAUGAUAACUGGAAAAUGGGAAUGAUAUGGUUACCAGCAUUUUUCCCUCAUGUUUUUGGUGUCAUUUUGACUGUAAAACUGUCUAAAGUAUAUCCAAAUUAUCAAUGGCUCAUGGUAGCCGUCGGUUUAUCAUUGGAAGGAUUAAGUUGUUUAAUAAUUCCUUUCUCUAAUUCUUAUAAAGUUCUUAUGAUUCCCAUAUGUGUUAUAUGUUUCGGAAUAGCUUUAGUAGACACAGCUAUUUUACCUACACUAGGGUAUAUAGUGGAUGUACGUUAUGUUUCCGUUUACGGAAGUAUUUAUGCCAUAGCAGAUAUUUCAUAUUCAUUAGCGUAUGCUAUUGGACCUAUCGUUGCUGGUGAAGUAGUAGAAAUGAUAGGUUUUACGUGGCUAAAUGUCAUAAUUGCUGUUUCAAAUUUAGCCUAUGCUCCUGCCUUAAUGAGACUGAGAAAUAUAUAUGACUUUAAACCGUUCCAAAAUGAAGCUAAUAUUUUAAUGGCUGACCCACCAGAUAAAGAAUAUCAAACUUAUGCCAUGCAAGAACAACCAUUGUCAAUGAAUAGCGAAUACUCAAGCGUUAGAGGACAACGGGAAACUGAUAUUGAUGGUCAUGUAGCUAUUGAAAAUGAAAACGCUUCAUUCCACCAAACUCUAGAUACUAAUCCUUUUAGAAGACCUUCACAACCAACGCAGGACAAAAAUCCAUUCAGACAACAGCGUUAAACUGGUAAAUGAUGCAUAACUACUGUUAUUUAUCAAAUAAAAAUAACUAUACUUUUAACAAGGUUUUACUUUAAACCAUCAAAGUGAUAUGCUUUAAAUUUUGUGCUUUAAAUUUCUAUUUCAAACAAAGUUGCUGGACAACAAAGACUUAAGCCAAGUUAAGUGUAGACUAAGCAAUACUAUGCUAUUUCAUAUUUUUUUUGUUAAUUGUGUAUAUGAUUCAAACUAUUAUACAGUAGUUAGCUUUAAUGAUAUUUGAUAAAAAAGUAAUCAAUUGUAAUUGAGGUUCUUAAAGUGCUAAGGGUGUAGAUGACAUUACUAAUUUUGAAAAAUCAAGCUCAAAGUUAUCAUUUUCAUUAAUCGCCUUAGUAAAAAAGUACAUUUUUUCAUAAACAUGUUUAUCUAUAGAAUUUCUUUAAAAUCUUUACUAUCAGUUAGAAAAAAUUAUUUUUAGUUUGACUCUUCAUACAUAUGUUACUUAAUAUCCCUUAAACUAUAAGAGCUACAAUUCUAAUCACGAGAAUACUUCUUAAUAAAAUUAAAUGUAAAAUAUAUAUCAAACAAUACAUGGUUUUUAGAUUAGACUUAAUCAUCCAGAACUAUGUUUCUCAAUUUUUUCGAAAUUAUUUAAAAUGAAUAUUCUUUUUGCAUAACGAACAAUGAAAAUUCAAUUUUCAAACUCCAUUUUCCCAAGUAAAAAUGAUUUUUUUGUUCCAAAAGUGCUUAAAAUAUAUGUCCAUUUUGUAAGUAUAUGUUUUUUGAAAAAAAACUUCAAAAUGUCGAGUUACGAUAUUUAGCCAUGGAGUCGACAAUAUUCUUCUAGUAAUUUUCCUUCAGAAAAUACAAAUAUCACUAAAAUAAAACUAUAAAAUAAUUUUUACGAAAACAAUUUAAUAAUUAUUUAAAAUUAAAAUUUACAUAUUAUAUAAAAUACCGUGAUAAUAAUAUUUAUUAUUAUAAUCUAAUUUAUAUGAAAUUUUAUGAGACUUUAAGUUAUACUGAUAUAAAUUUAAUACGUUUAUGUACUAAUAUAUUUGAACCUUGAACAUUGAAUUUUUUGAAAUAUCAUUACGUGUAUGCAUAUAUUUGUUAAAGUUUGAGCUUAUGUCAUUAUCAUUAGCUUGGUUCUACAUUAAUGAAUAAUUAGAAUAUCAUAAAUAGAUACUUUAAAUAAUAUCUUCAUGUAAAAUAAUUCUUAAAAUUAAUAUUAAAAUAGGAGUUAGUUUAAUUUUAAGGAAAGCUAGUAAUAUUAGAAUAUGACUCAACCUUAAGAUUAUAUCUUAAGUGGUAACCAAACCAUAUCAUCAACAUAUCAAUAUUUUUUAAGAUGUAAAUAAAUUAGCAAUACAUAUUUAUGAUCAUGCAUAAAUAUAUCUAUUUUAAAACAAUUUUUAUGAUGUUCUUUUUAUAUUAAAAUAAAUUAUUAUUGUACUUUACAUGAAUUCGUGUAAACAACCAAGUUCAUACAUAUCAUUAACGAAAUUCGAUACAUAUCAUUGUUCGAAAUUAUUAUUGUGCUAAGAUCUUUAGAUUAAGACGAUUUAAUAAUAAGAAUAAUAUGAGUAAAUUAGAAUAUUUGACUUGGACGGCGAACAAAAAGCGAAUUAUUAAUGCAAAGCGUUAUAAUAUGUUGGUUCCCGUUGAAUAUCGAUAAAACUGUGUUAUAUUACUUUAAGAUUAUCCAAAAAUUGUUUUAACUAAGAGCAUAUUCAGCUAUAUAGUAUGAUUAUUAUUUAUGUUAGUUUAUUUAAUAGAUCUGUAGUAUUAUUGUAAUAGAUAUUGUUGAAGUUUUAUCGAAAGUACUUUGUAAAAGCAGACACUGCAUUUCAUCUAACUUGAACUAGAUUAAGUUUUUGUUGAUUUUAGUUAAAAUGAUUAAGUUUGUUUGAAUUUAAUACUUGAAACAUCGUUACCAGUAUUAUGUUUUUAUUUUUUUUUUGUCAUGCUAAUUAGUUAUACCUGAAAUUCAUCUAUCUCACAAUUAACUAUUAAUGUUUAUAUUAAAGUUAUUAUAUGUAAUGUUCUAAAAAUCAUGUCAAUUUAUAUAAAUAUUUGAAGUUAACACAAUUUAAAUAUCAAACCGAUGGAGUAGAACAGCUAUUCUAUUUUCUAUAUAUCUAAGAUGAUUAGAGUAUUAUUUUUUAUUUAUUUAUUACUCUAAAUAAUUUUAUGUUAAUUUUUUUAUUAAUACUUAUACAAUUAAUAUUGCAAACUAUUGACAUUAUUCAUAGACUACUACACUUCUAUCUUUGUAUGAUUAUAAUUAUUUAGUUGUUAUCUACUCUUGUUGAAAUUUAUAAU